AUGUACAACUAUGUCUAUUCUGAGGCCAAGGGUCGCGGAACUUCUGAAAUUCUAUGUUGCUGUGGUCUUGCUGCUCCUCAUUUCAGAUGUCGUGACUGCUUUGGCAUACAAAUGUUUUGCCACAAGUGCAUCCUUGACAGCCACACAAGGGAUCCUUUGCACAGGAUUGAUAUGUGGAACGACUCAUUUUUCCAGCCUACCACUCUGAAAAAAUUGGGCCUACACAUACAGCUAGGUCACGCCCCAGGUGACAUGGUUAUCCAUGAGAUUGCCCUCAAUUUUUGUGGGUGUGUGAGUGCUCAAAUUUGCUACAAACAGCUACUCCACACAUGCUGGUAUCCAGCAACCACAUCAGACCCUUGCACUGCUGCGACAUUCGCUCUAAUGGAACACUUUCCACCUUCUGAUCACUACUCUGCAUUCAUGCACAUGGUCCGUGAGUGGCGCCAUCUCAGGCAACUUCGGUGUGCAGGGAGAGGAAAUGAUCCUAAUGGCAUUCAUGCCAUCACCGCGGGUGAAUUGGCUGUGCAGUGCCCAGCAUGUCCCCACCCUGGCAAAAAUAUACCACAAGGCUGGGAGGAUGAGCCACCAUGGGUUAGGUGGAAAUAUGCACUGUUUAUUGUGAUUGAUGCCAACUUCAGAUUGAAAUGCAAGGCAGUGUCGUCAGACAAUGUAGACCCUAGCCUCAACUCUGGGUGGGCAUAUUUCCUUGAGGAGGCUGCCUACAAUGCAUACCUGGCCCAUCAAGCUGGCGUCAAGCAAGAUUGUAGUACAUGUGUCAGUCACAAUAUCAUCAAUCUGACAGAUACGAAGUCCUCAUAUGGUCUGGCCACCACAGGUCUCGCCAAUGGUGUCAGGAGAUUUACAGAAGGAUAUAUAAACAUGGACUACCUUGUGUUCUCAGCGCUGUUGGCCUUCACGGUUGUGUUUUUCACAACAGUCACCAUGGUCAACAUCUCAUAUGACAUUGCCUGUCAAUGGCAUAAGAAGCUCUGGGCAUGUAUGGAAGGCAUGCCAUCAAGGUUUCACAUCCCUCGUGACUCGAUGACCAUCCAAUUUUUUGUGCCAAAGUUUCAUCUGAAGGUGCACAUUGAUGAAUGUCAGAGAAACUUCUCAUUCAAUUGGUCAAAACAUGUGGGACAAACAGAUGGCAAGGCUCCUGAGCGUGGUUGGUCGAAUAUAAACCAGGUCGCGAUAAGCACAAAGGAGAUGGGUCCAGGAUCAUGUUUAGAUACCCUCAAUGAUCAUUUCAGGGAUUGGAACUGGAAGAAGGUUACGGCACUGGGUCUGCCGUACACUCUUUGGAAGAAGGAGCAUGAGGAAGGACUAGCAGAGCUAGAGAGGACCAUUCAGCCAAUGUUCGUCCUUCAGUGGAGGAAAGAAGUUGAAGCUUGGGAGGAAGACAACUCUCAACCUAAUCCGUUCAAGAGCCACUAUGCUCCCAUUACACAAGCUGCAGUUCAUCUACAGCUUGCUGAGCUUGAAGCCCAUAAACUUCAGGCAGGGAUAAAUGUCUCCCUGCAUACUGGCCUUUCCCCAAGCAAGAUUAAUCACCACUGGCAUCGAUCUUCAAGACCAACACACCUGAAGACGGAUAUCACCAAUGCAUCUCUUCACCCCAUGGACAAGCAGAAGACUACCAUGCAGACUUGUGUCACCACCCUUCACCGUCAACUGGAUGCCUGGGCUUGUGUCCAAGAACUAUAUAUGCCCAUUGUGUCCCAGCUUCAUCAUCGAUCUUCAGAAGCUGGCAUGACAAAUACGGUACAGCUAAAGCCUGAGGCAUUCAAGCUUUGGCUCCCAUCUGAACUCCAACCAACAGCAGGAUGUGACAACAGGCUGGCUGCACACAAAUGGGAUCUACAGCAUGCACAAGCACUGGAUGCCCUUAACAAAAUCUGUUCACAUCUCCACCUCCAGUCUCACAUGUAUAUCUACAAAGAUAGAAAUGUGCAUGGACAGGCCGCUUCUACCCGUGCACAGGCCCUCAUCAAAGGCUUGGAGCUGAGGGCACAAGCCUCUACAGCGCGUAAUGUGCUGUUAGCUCUCAGCCACCGACUCAAUAGGUCUGGCUGGGACACAUCCCUUCCACCACUCCUGGACUCACAAGUGAGGCCUGUGGGCAAUAUGGAGAGACAAGGCACCGAUACUAUUUCCUGGAUCUGGCUGGACUCACAUGUGGACAAUAGCAGCUCAGAAAAUGAGCGAGUUCAGGAUUCUGUUCGAGUUGAGUGGUGCAAAGCACACACACACACAAACCGCUGGUUGGAGGAAGUUGAACUCCUCCUCGAGGAGAUGCAAAGAGUUAUCGUGUUCUUGAGGUGGCAGGUGGAGUGGUGGAGUGAAAGGCGUAGUUCUCAAGCCCCAGAGUUGACAGCAGAACAGGAAGGACUGGCUGUGUAUGCAUGUCAACAGGCUGCGCUGCAUCUGUCUCUCAUGGCCUCCUUUCAGGACCUAUGGAAAGAUGUACUGAUGUUCAUAAUGGCUUAA